AAGUUGAGUUGGCAUUUCUCGACCUGGUGGUACGAUGAAGUUAGUGCUAGCGAGUCUGUGCUGCUGCCUGUGGACUCUGGGCGCGCUGGGGGCGUCGUUUGAGCCCUACGAGCCUUUGGAGCUGAACUACCACGAGCGCAUUGGCAUCCCGCGUGCCGACGCCCUCAGGCAGGCGGAGCUCGCAGCCGACUUUGAUGGCGGCAGGAUCAUAGGCGGCUCGCCGGCCGCGCUCGGCGCCUACCCUUAUAUGGCUGGGCAGAUAAUGACGCUGCAGAACGGGCGCGAGUCGAUGGGCGGCGGUACUCUGAUAAGCAACACGCGGGUGGUGACCGCGGCCCACAACUUGUACGACGGGCGGCAGAUGGUGCGCCACGUGACCGUUGUGCUCGGCUCCGAGCGCAUCUUCUCCGGCGGCACCAGGAUCACCUCCAGCAGGAUGGAACUGCACGCCGACUACAACACCAAUACCUUACACAAUGAUAUCGCCAUCAUCACUAUCGACUGGGUCAACUAUAGCAACACCAUCCGCAACAUCGGACUGGCGUCGGGCAGCAACACGUACGCCGGCGCGUGGGCCUGGGCCAUCGGCUUCGGCAAGACCAGCGACGUGUCGAUGCCGAGUCCGGACCUGAUGCACGUGCGCGUGCAAGUGAUCACCAACGCCGCGUGUCGCGACGCAUUCCCCGGCAACUUCGUGAUAGAUUCCACGCUCUGCAUCAGCAGCGCCACCGGCAACAUCUGCACCGGCGACUCCGGCGGCCCGCUCGUCGCCAACAACCUACUAAUCGGAGUGACAUCAUUCGGCUCGAGCUCGUGCGAGGAGCCUCGCCCCGCCGGCUUCGCCCGCGUCACUUCCUUCAACUCGUGGAUCAGAGCGCGCAUGUGAUGCCGCAAAUUGCAAUAAUAAAUAACUACUUAC